AAAUUAUAUUUUUUUCAUGACUUUUAUUUUGAAACGCUGGCAUUUGAGCGUUGCUUAUUGUUUUCUGUGCUCAGUAGAGGCGCAGUACGGUGUGUGAUACGUCUGUCCAUACAAUGGCUGAUGAUGGUCCGAUGGAGGAUUAUCCCACUGAAAUUGAGGAAAACCUGAAUGAUUUUGAGUCCUCUUUGAGCUCUGUCCAGAACAUGGUCCAAACGCUCGUGUCUGUCUCCAGAAGUGACAGUCUGCUUAAAAUGGAUCCUCUUGAUCGAGCUAAAUUGGAUCUGAUGUCUGCAUAUGCCCUCAACUCAAUGUUCUGGAUGUAUCUGGUGACACAAGGAGUCAAUCCAAAAGACCAUGUGAUUAAACAAGAAUUGGAGAGGAUCAGGACAUACAUGAACAAAAUCAAAGAGAUCACGGACAAAAGAAAAGCUGCACGUCUGGACAAAGAUGCAGCAUCACGGUUUGUUCGGAAUGCAUUGUGGGACGCAGAGGACAAGAAAAGAAAAGACACAGCUGAGCAUCCCAAGAGAGGAAAGCACAUUAGGUUUUCUUGAUUUAAUUGACUGGUGAAACACUGACGUUUUUCCUCAAAUAUUCAACAGACUUCAGGAUUAAGCACAACCAAUAUUUGUGAGCAUUGAACUCUGCUGGUGAUGUGUUAUGAUGUGUAUAUGGUGAUUAGCAUCAUUCCUUUCAAGAUUGUGACUAGUUUCAAACUAAAGAAGAAACCCAAUGUAAGUUGCAGGUACUUCAGUAAAUUUUUUUUUAAUAUUAUUGCUUUAUUCAUUUGCA